AAGUCCUCGCGGAGGGCCCGGGGGGAGCCGGGGUACCCCCCCAAGUGCGGGGUCUGGCGGCUCGGGCCUGACGCCGAGGGGCUGGGUCGCGCCCGGGGGAGGGGUCGGCGCGCCCGAGGUGGCGGUGGUGCUGAGUGUAGGGAGUGCGGUCCAGCCUUGGCCAGGGGGAAAAGGCCUCGGCCACCGGACCUAGGGACCAGGAGGCAGGUCCUUUCGAGUGCUAGGGGAGGAAGGAGCGCCCUUCCCAAGAUGAGGGCCUGUAGGAAGGAGAAGGGUCCACCCGAGGGCUUCAAAUCUGGGGUACCUCCGGUCUCCAGGUGGAGAGCAGGGUGGUCCUCUGCCUCGGGGAAUGAGGGGAACCUGUGGUUAUGAGGGGUGCUGAGAAUUAUGGCUGGGAAGAGGGUACCCCUUGCUUUCAGAAAUGACGGGGAAAUUGGCCAGGUGUCCUCUAGCUGAAAGAAAAGAGAAAUGAGGGCAGGAUCUUACCCAAGGGUCUUGACCUAGGGAUCAGAGGAAGGAAGGCCUGGCUGUCCAAGGAGCAGGGAAACCUUGAACUUUCUUAAUGAGACCUGUCAUGGUGUCUAGGAGAACCAGGAAGAGUCUGGAGAUUCUUCCCAUCUGCCCAGCCUUUGCCUUGGCUAGUGUGAUGGAACCUUUUCAUAAGGGUUUGGGCCUAUCGCUCCUAAUUUUUCAGUCAUAAAAUAACUUGUUUUUCAUUUAUACUUAGUUAUGCUUAAUCAAGUUCAGUGAUUAACUACAUUCUCCUGAGCUUCAAUAGGGUUAGUUUGGGCCCUGUUUUGUUUCCUUAGAUUCUAGAGGGAUGGAUAACUUAAAAAAAAAAAAAAAAACAUAUCCAUUUAUUCCUCCAAACACUUACUUAGAAUUUUCCAAUUUGUGAUCCAUAUAGAAAUUCAUUUCCUUUGGAUACUUCCUGCAAAAGUUCUGGGUAAUGACCUUGGAUUUAUUAUAUAGGAAAACGAAGCAUGGUGGGAAACGAGCACAGACAAACCUAAUGAAGGAAGUCACUGGAAGGCCUUUCCAAGGGAGCGGUGCUUCAGAUACCUCCAAAGGGUUAACAGAGAGUAGCCGGAAGGAAGGGACAGAUGAGAGGCACAGUCCAGGAAAUGCUGCAUGUUUGAGAACUGGAAACAGUGACGGGAUCCCACAGCAGCCCCAGCUAGCUGACUUCAUGUGAAAGAUGGCUAAUGCAGAAGUGAGUGUCCCAGUGGGAGAUGUGGUUGUGGUCCCCACUGAAGGAAAUGAAGGGGAGAACCCUGAAGACACUAAAACUCAAGUGAUCUUGCAGCUGCAGCCUGUGCAACAAGGGAUUUAUGAAGCCGGGUCAGAGAACAACGCAGCAGUUGUAGCUGUUGAAGCCCACACAAUACACAAAAUUGAAGAAGGAAUUGAUGCAAGCAGUAUAGAAGCGAACGAGGAUAUGGAAAUUGCUUACCCUAUAACCUGUGGAGAGAGUAAAGCUAUCCUCCUCUGGAAGAAGUUUGUGUGUCCAGGCAUAAAUGUGAAGUGCGUGAAGUUCAAUGAUCAGUUGAUCAGCCCCAAGCAUUUUGUUCAUCUGGCUGGCAAGUCCACUCUGAAGGACUGGAAGAGAGCCAUCCGUCUAGGUGGCAUCAUGCUCAGGAAAAUGAUGGAUUCUGGACAAAUCGAUUUUUACCAGCAUGACAAGGUUUGCUCCAAUACCUGCAGGAGCACCAAGUUUGACCUUCUCAUCAGCAGCGCCAGGGCUCCAGUGCCAGGACAGCAGACAAGUGUGGUGCAGACCCCCACCUCGGCCGAUGGUAACAUCACCCAGAUCGCCAUCUCAGAGGAGAGCAUGGAAGAGGCCGGGCUGGAGUGGAACUCAGCUCUCACUGCCGCUGUCACCAUGGCCACAGAGGAGGGCACAAAGAAAGACUCAGAAGAAAUUUCAGAGGACACUUUGAUGUUCUGGAAGGGGAUAGCUGAUGUAGGGUUGAUGGAGGAGGUCAUCUGCAACAUACAAAAGGAAAUAGAAGAGCUUCUCAGGGGUGUUCAACAGCGGCUCAUCCAGGCUCCCUUCCAGGUCACAGACGCUGCUGUUCUGAACAACGUGGCGCAUACAUUUGGCCUCAUGGACACAGUCAGGAGAGUUUUGGACAACAGACGGAAACAAGUAGAGCACGGAGAGGAACAGUUUCUCUAUACACUGGCAGAUUUGGAACGGCAGUUGGAAGAGCAAAAAAAGCAAUCCCAAGAUCCCAGACUGAAAUCUCAGACAGUUCAAAAUGUGGUACUAAUGCCUGUGAGCACCCCAAAGCCUCCAAAAAGACCCCGGCUCCAGCGGCCAGCCUCCACCACCGUCCUGAGCCCUUCUCCUGUCCAGCAGCCUCAGUUUACUGUCAUCUCACCCAUCACCAUCACCCCCGUGGGCCAGUCAUUCUCCAUGGGCAAUAUUCCAGUGGCUACCCUCAGCCAGGGCUCCAGUCCUGUGACUGUGCACACACUGCCUUCUGGCCCUCAGCUCUUCCGCUAUGCCACAGUGGUUUCCUCUGCCAAGAGCAACUCAUCAGACGCAGUGACCAUCCACCCUUCAUCAAGCUUGGCACUGCUGAGUUCCACCUCUAUGCAGGAUGGGAGUACCCUGGGCAAUAUGGCCACCAUGGUAAGCCCUGUGGAGCUGGUGGCCAUGGAGUCUGGCCUGACUUCAGCAAUCCAGGCUGUUGAAAGCACCUCAGAGGAUGGGCAGACCAUCAUUGAAAUUGACCCAGCCCCAGACCCUGAGGCUGAAGACCCUGAGGGCAAAGCAGUCAUCUUGGAGACAGACCUGAGGACUGAGGAGAAAGUGGUGGCCGAAAUGGAAGAACACCAGCAUCAGGUCCACAAUGUGGAGAUUGUGGUCUUGGAGGACUAACUGGGGAUGGGGCCAAGAGCUAUGUUUUGGUUUGGAAUUUUAAUUAUGUUUAUUUUUAUCAUUGUCCCAUUCAUUUCCACAUAGAACCUUUUUUUAAAAAAAAAAAAACAAAAAACAAACUACAAAAUCUUGUUGUAACUGAAAAUGUUGGGUUCCUCCUACCGUCUCAUUGACAAAAGGACAGAACAAGCUACCUUUCCAGAAGUUAGGAACAGGUCACCCAGUGUCCAGAUCAUCUUUCCCGAGGAAGGUCUUGCUUUAAGGGGAGGUGUCAAAAUAACCAGGAACCCUUUCCAGAAUAGUCUGUGUACACAUGAUGGUUUCAUUCUUGUAAAGGUGCAUUGACCAAACUCUGGAACACAGAUCUGACACCAGAAGAUGACCCGCUCUCCUCUGUACCCUGGAUACAGCCUCAGAGGCUGGUGCAAAACUCUGAAACAAGAGGAAGUUGACUGCUCAGAGCAGAAAGGAGCAUGCCAUCAGCAGCUUAGAGAGGGAAGUGCUUUGACAAGGAGGGGCCAAGGAAUGGCCUUAGGAGGGUUCUCUGAUCCCCUCGAGCUUUCUGAGGGAUGGGUACCAUUUUGAGAAAAGGCCAGUGGCAUGCAGAAGGGCGUGCCACUUCUGCAUGUGACAAUCAAGGGAUUGUCACAGCUGUGCUUUUGGGCUAGCUCUCCUCGCCCCCAGCCUUGUCAAAGCCCUUGCCCUCCUCACCGUGGAUCAUUAGUCCAUUCCUUUGCAGAUUGGGAUGUGGUAUAAAUUGUUCUCGUUCUUGGACUGUGGCUGUCAUGAGAGUGGGGCUCCAAGGUCAUCACUUCUGUUUCUUGACUCCAGGAAUGGCAGAGUUCCUCAUGCAGACCAGCUGCUAUUUUUGGUGGAACCCUGCAUGCAAGUGUGUGUGUGUGUGUGUGUGUCCGUGUGUGUGUGUCCAUGUUUUGGCUUUGGAACCAAAAGCAUUCAUUCUCUUGGUGCUUCCCCUUAUCUUCAUCCUUCAGUCUCCUGGCUCCCACGCUCUGCAGCUUUUUGGCAGAUUGGGAGAGCAGUGCCAGGUGCCUGCCUGCCUUCACUCCCUUUGAGAUCCGCUUCUACAGUUUAUACCACAGAUGUUCCUGUGAGAUACUGAACUCAUAAAACGACUUAGGUUUGGCAGGGAAGACUGGUAACACCCCCAGCCUUUCCUGAGGCACAGACUACAUGUCUCCUGAGUGAGUGAGCUCCCUGGGAAAGAAACAUUAUGACAUUAUAAGAAAUAUAACAGGAGUGUCAGUAAUGUCUGGGGCGGGCUUUUUCCUAAAUGUUGCCUGGACAUUUAGAACUUUUUCACUUUCUGUGCUGUGAUCCCAUCUCCUUGACCCUCUUCAGUGUUUGGGGAAGAGUGGACAAUUUCUGAUUUCUUAAACUGUGUUGUUUACUGUGGUGGGGAAAAUACAAACCUGCUCUGGCUGACUUAAAGAAUGGGUCAGAUGAGCAUACAUCUUAGGAGUUGGAGGAUUUAUUAUUAUCAUUAAAAGUAAAAAUUUGACUUUAGUUUCUUAAAAAAAAAUAGAGAAGGAUGCUUACUUAACCCCAUCUUCCCACCUGCAGAUUCUGGAGACUUUGUAAAGCAACUGACAACUAUCUCUCCCAUCUUACAUGGCCAUAAGCAGCCAGGGAAGCCCUCACUGCUCUUUCUAAAGACCCUUAACAGUGGAAUUUCUGUUGAUGGGCUCAGUGGUGAAUGCCUAUAAUCCCAGCACUCUGGGAGGCAGAGUCAGGAGGAUCUCUGUGAGUUUGAGACUAGCCUGGUCUACAAAGUGAGUUCAGGAUAGCCAAGGCUACACAGAGAAACCCUGUCUUGAAAAACAACAAACCAAAACAAAAAGAGAAGUAUUUAUGAACUCUCUUCAGAUUUGUUUCAGCUUUAAAACUGGACUUUUCUUUUCAGGAUAUUUAACUGGCUGGGGACAAAGCUCAGUUGGUAAAGCGCUCACCUUAGCAUGAAAGCUUGGGUCCAGUCUCCAGCGUGAAAUUAGCUGGUACCGGCCACAUACCUUUGAUCCUAACACUUGGGAAGUGGAAAUAGGAGGCUUAGAAAUUCAAGGUCAUUCUCAGCUAUAUAGCAGGUUCAAGACUGACAUGGGCUACAUAAAAUCAUGUCUCAAAAAAAAUUCUGUUUAGAACAAGUUCUUGGUCUCUUACACAUUUUUAGUGAAGAAAGUGGAAUUUAUUUCUGACUUCCUUAGAUUUUUGUUAAUCUAUAGGAAUCUUUAUUACACUUAUUUAUCCGUGUGUGUGUGUGUGUGUGUGUGUGUGUGUGUGUGUGUGUGUGUGUUGGAAAGCUUGCUCUGGUGUAUAUGUGGAGGUCGGAGAACAACCUGCAGGAAUCAAUUCUCGCCUUCCAUCAGUGGGUCCUGAGAAUUGAACUCAGGUUGCCAGGCUUGGUUGCAAGCACUCUUAUCCACUGAGCCAUCUUGCCAGUCCUAAGUUACUUGAACCUAGAAAGCCACAUCUCAUUCCUGUUGUGCUCUCUAUGAAGUCAUUUAUCUUUCUCACAGAUGGGGAGGACCAAUUCAGGACACGGGAGCCCUAGAGAAUAGAUACAGGCUCGCUCAGGCCCUUUCUUUUGCAUUCAUCUCAGCUGUUGUAGCAUUAAAGGCCCUGUGAGCAUCAUGCUUCCAAAGUCAGAUUUCCUUCACGAGACAGAGCCUGUUUUACUUUAAACACUUUUUGGCAGGUGGAUUACAUGAGCUUUGCUGUUUUCCUAGUCUUCCAGUUGCUGUCAUUGUGAGCUGCUGUGGUGUUUGUGAGGAUGAGAUCUCCCACAGCCCUGGUCUAGAUGACUUCAGAUGGGGUGAUAACACUUGCAAGUUACUGAUAUGUGAAUAGGCAGUUGCAAUGAAAUUACUCCUCAGGCUGACUUGAUGGUAGCUAUCUUUUCUCCAGCCUUUCAUUAAAUAAACAUUUCUAA